AUGUCGAUCCUGACGCUUCCAAAUGAACUGCUUCUACUUAUCAUGGAACAAUUGGAGACGGAAAAAGAAAUCUUUGCCUUACUUCAAGUGAAUCGUCGUUUGUAUGAAAUUUCGAUGCCACUCCUUUAUCAACAUAAUGUCCAAUAUUUAGCAGGUUCUGCUUUACAUCGGUGCGCAGCAUCUGGUCAGCAAAUUGGUAUACAGCGUCUUCUUGAAUUUCACGCGGACCCAAAUACGAUCGAUGAAGAUGGGAUCCAGCCUCUUGCCCUGGCUAUAAAUGGAGGCCAUCGAGAUAUAAUCAGCCUGCUUAUUGAAAAUGGAGCGAGCCUACAAAUGGAGGAUUUCCUCCCUAUUCAUCACGCCGUAUCUCUAGACAAUCACGUUGUGGUCCAAAUGCUACUUGAGUACGGAGGCGAUAUCAACGCCGCAGACCAAUUCGGAUGCACAGCCUUGUAUCAGGCUGUGGAAUAUGGUCACCAGGAUAUAGCGGAACUAUUACUCUAUCAUGGAGCAGAUGUGGAUAUGACCGGUCUUGAUACCGAAGAGACUCGUUCCUUUCGCGUCAGUCCAUUACAUGCAGCUGCGGAUGUCGGCAACAAGAAUAUGUCAUUCUUUGAUCUGCUUUUCAAAUACGGGGCAGAUCCAAACCCCGUCGACGACGAGGGCAAGACACCCUUACAUUGGACAGCAAACCGGGACUCUGUUGCCAAGGCAAGAGUGCUUCUUGAAAAUGGCGCAGAUGUGAACGCGAGAGCGCUCAACGGAGAGACACCAUUAGACACUGCAAUUUCAAAAGGGAACAAUGCUGUGAAGCAGCUACUUCUUAGCCAUGGGGCGGAUAUGGAAGAUCCGAAUAAAGAGUAG